GAGGCCCAGUGCAGGCAGAACGCGGGCAAAGUCCGGCAGCGCCCGCGUCGACACGGGGCAGCUUCCCCAUCGAUCGCCCGCGCUCACCCUCCUGCCCGGGGACACAGCCAGCGGCUCUUGGGGACCGUCCCCCGUCCCUGUCCCCCCCCUCCAGCGGUGGCCAGCCCUGCGCCCCCCCAUCCCGUCCGUCCGUCCGUUCGUCCGUCUGUCCUAACGAGGCCGUUAAUUGCAGGACAAGUGGGAGCUUGGGAUGCUCCGUGCGGCUGCUGACCCCCUCCUCCACCCCAAGAUGCAGAGCUGCUUCGGCUGCUUUGCCUUUGGGGUCCCCGCUCCCCUGGAUGGGGGUCCCCCUCCUCUCCAGGGACCCCCAUGGCUGGCAGCACCAUUCCCGGGCAGCGCCGUGCCGGGAGCUUCCUUGCCUUUUUUGACGGGAUCGUGGCUGGCGCCGGGGCAGCGCCCGGGGGGCUCCCGGCUGCGAUUAACGCCGAAACCCUGGUCCCCGGGGAGACACGGAGGUGCGGGUGAGGGACCAAGGAUGUCACCUCGGUGGCCGUGAUGUCCCAGCUGGAGGUGAGUGCUGUCCCCGGGGAUGUCCUCGGUGAGGCCGUCCUUGUCACCGGGUGCUUUCGUCCCGGCGCUGGAGGAGAUGCUGGAGGGUGGGAUGGGAGAUGCCCCACUCAUGGGGAAAACCGCCUCCAUCACCCCCCUUGUCAUCCUUCAAACCUGGGGUGGCUUCUCCCGUCACCCCAAGAGCCGUCCCAGCCCGGCUCGUCAUCCCCGGGCUGAGCCGCUUUGGGUGCCAUUAUCAGGGCGGCGCUGGGCUCGCCUGGCUAGCGGGUGAUAAGCCACAUUUGCCACAGACACCCGUCCAGCGCUCCCUUAUCACCGCAGCGGCAUCGGCAGCUUGGCACGGUGUGCUGCACCCCGGGAUGCUCGGCCGGGAGGGAGCCGGGUGCUGCGGGGUGCGAAGCAAAGCACCCUCCUCUUCCUCCUCCUCCUCCUCCUCCUCCUCCUCGCUUCCCCUGUGCAAAGCCCACCCAACACCUCGUGCUGUUCGGGGACCCGGCACCGGCUACCGAGGAGACCCCGGGACGCCCCGUUGGGGUGUCACAGCCGAACUCGGAGCAGGCUGGGUGCAGGGGACCCCUCGGGAAGAUGAAUUUCCUCCCUCCUUGCUGACGACAGAUGCCGCCGGGGGGCCGGGCACGGCGGUGGGGCGGCGGGACGCCACGGCUGAUGGCCCCUCGCCGGAGAUAGGCAGCGCUCGGCGGGGCUGCCUGGUUGCCCCCCUCCACCCCCCGCCGCCCCGCGCCGGGAGACCCCCGGCCCGCCCGGCACUGCAGCCAUGGAGGGUGCGUCGGUGCUCAGCCCCUCCUCGUGGGAGAAGCGACGCGCCUGGGCCCGGCAGAGCCGGUGCUGGCGGACCACCGUGGUGGAGGAGGAGGCGGCUGCCGCCAUGCAGGAUGUCCCCGAGCUGCAGCCGCCCCACCUGGAUGACGUCUUCCUCGAAGGAAGCCCCUCCAGCAAGAUUGAGACGUGGCUGCAGGAAUGCGGGUCGUUGGUGGAGGUCCCACCGGAGGAGCUGGGCUUGCCAGGUCCCUUUGGCUGUGGGAGCAACGGGACCAGCUUCGAGGAUGACCUGACCCUGGGAGCUGAAGCUCUUCUGCUCCCGGGGAGCGACAAGGUCACGGGCAGAACUCUACGGGACAAGCACCUCAACCUGGGGCACAGCAUGGCGUCCAGCGCCCUCUCCAGCCUCACCGCCAAGACCAGCUCCAGCAUCUCCGAGGUCCUGGAGUGGUGGCAGGCGGAUGCCGAGGAAAUUCUCUACAACCUGGGCUUCGUGCAGAGCGAGCCGGGCGCCGUUGCCCGCAUCCCCGCGCGCUUCUUCUCGGCUCCUUCCCGUGCCAAGGGCAUCGACUUCCAGCUCUUCCUCAAGGCCCAAGUGCGGCGCAUGGAGAUGGAGGACCCCUGCCUGACGCUGGCCAGUCGCUUCCAACAGGUCCAGGCUCUGGCUGCUACAGCCGACGCUUUCUUCUGCCUCUACUCCUACGUCUCGCGGACCCCCGUGCAGCGCAUCUCCCCCUCCCGCCUCGCCUGGGCUUGUCCCGACAUCCCCGACAUCCGCAUCGCCCCCGCCCAGCCCUGCACCCUCUCUCCCGUGGAGCGUCUGAAGAAGGCCGUGUCCACCAUGUGCCUCUACACGUCCCCGCGGGACGAGGACAGCCCGCGGGGGACCGGCCGGGCGCCCACCGUGCCCACCAGUCAGCCCAGCGCCCUGGGGAAGGUGGUGCAGGAGGUGCUGGAGCGGGCGCGGGAGGAUCGGUUUCGGUUCGACCCGGACGAUGUCCUCGAGGGCUGGAGAAGGGACGGGGACACAGGGAUGGCGCAGGACAGGCAGGGAGCUGAGGGGGGUCUCCCAGAACCACCGUCGCCGCGACUGGUGCGGGGCGUCCCGGCGUGUCCCCAUCAUGGAGGUGCGGAUGCCCCGGCGCGCUGCGGAGGGGAGCUGGAGCCGUUCCCGAGGCCAGGCCCACUGGGGACACUGGUGGGCGCUGCGCGGGGACGGCUGGAGCGGUCCCAUCCCCAUGGCCGGGGGGACGGUGACAGCCCUGCGGGGGCCAGGGAUGCUCCAUGCCCAGCGGGACCAGGACAGGUCGGCGUGGAGGACCACACGUCGGACGCUGCUGCCCCAUGGGAGAACGUCACCCUGUCCCCGAUGCCGGGUCCCCCGGGUCUCCAUGCCGGCCGGGUUUGGGUCACCCCUGAGCACCCAGAGGUGCUGGGGUCUGAGGGCGACUCCGGCUUUGGCUCCGGCUCCCGCGGUACCUCCCCCAGGAGGAAGGCAGGGUCCCGUGGGUGCCGCCCGCGCGACCCCCUGCACCCCGGGGGGACACGUUUCCCCGGCUCAGACACACCAAGAGCUGGAGGCCACUGGGCUGAGCGGAGCAGGGGGGACCCCCCGAGGGACGCCGGGCGGCAGCGGGGCGAUGCACCGGGGCUGCAGCCCCCCGGGAAGGGCCCCUCGCCCCACCGUCCCGGCUGGCAGGAGCCGGUGGAUUCCUUCGAGAUGGAGGAGGUGCUGAGCACCAGCGAGGAUGAUGACGAUGGUGAUGCCCGUGAGGAAGCCGGCCGGUCCCUCCAUCCCUCCGUUGGGGUCCGGAGAACCUUCAUGCUGCACGCCAGCAGCGGGCAGUCCGACAGCAGCGGCUUCGUGGAGGAGCCGGUGCCCGGCCAGCCACCCCCUGCCCGGCUCCACGGCACCGACCAGACGGCCUGAGGCCACCGCAGAGGGACCCGGGCUUGUCCCGGCGCCGGGCAGGAGCCACGGCUGGGCGCCGGAUGGACCGUACCGUGCCGUACCACGCCGUACCGUGCCGUACCGUACCGCUGCGUUUUGGACACGGAGCCCGUCCUCAGCCAAAGGCUGAGCACUGUGUGUACACGUGUGUGUGGGUGUGGGUGCACGUGUGGGUGUGGGUGCACGUGUGGGUGCACGUGUGUGUGUUUGGCACAGAAAAAACCUUUUGACUCAGGACUUUCGCCCCGAGGGGCACGCGUGUUCCCCCCCCCCCACCUUCACCCAGCCUGCCGGCUCUAUGGCCGCGGCUGUGCCAGGGCGGCACCGGGGACGUGUCCCCCGGCCGCGGCUCUUGGGGACAUCACUUGCACUUUGGCCACAGCCGGUCCCCCGUGCUGCAGCGCCUGUAACACUAGGAUGGGGGUCGGCUGGGCCGAGCCAGCAGCGCGCUGGAAAUAAAAUUCCCAAA